AUGCCGAAGAAGAAGACUAGUAUUGGUUCUUUGAAGAAGCCAUCACUAGAAGUUGAUAAGCAACAAACCAAACAAGUUCCAAAACCUGGUAAAUUAGGGAAAGAGAUUGAUGACAUCUUUGGUGGGAAAAAGAAGAAGAGUAGUAGUGCUGGUUCUUUGAACAAGUCAUCACAAGAAGUGGAGAAGCCUGCAGUACAACAAACCAAACCAGUUUCGAAAUCUGGUAAACUAGGGAAAGAGAUUGAUGAUAUCUUUGGUGGGAGAAAGACGAAGAAGCCAGAACUCGAUAAACCCGAGGAGAAAGAGACCAAAGAAAAACUCGAAAACCCGACCCAGGAAGAGAACCGAAGACGGGUUACUAGUUUACACGGAAGAUGA